UUCGAACCUACCUAUAGUCUCCACAAGGCUCCUUCUAAUCCAAUCUUUGGAGUUCCUCUGAAUAUUUGGCGCAGUCUUGUGUUUCCCCAAGGAGAGGAGUAGUUAGCAGUGGAGAAGGACAUAACUCUCCUGUUACAGCUUUCAGGGACUGGGGAAGCAUAACUCCCUACCUGCCAUUUAUCAUCCAACGCUUUAAAUUAUUCAUAUUGAUUUCCAAUCCUUACAGAUUGCAUGCAAUCACAUGAGCACAGACAGCCUAGCUACUGAUGCCAGCCCUGCAAAGAAGCCCUGGUCAGUCUGUCUUGAUGACAGGUUUGGCUUAGCGCAUCAAAUCCGCAACAAGCAAUGCCGCCUCUACUCUUUAGGGCUGGGGAGUGACGAUACACAGUUUGAGGUUAGCUUGGCCAACAGUGGAUGCGAAGUCCAUCGUUUCGAUCCUAGCGUGAAGUCGGCUCAUCUUCUGAAGAGUCGGCGCCUCUGGUAUCACCGCUUGUCCAUCGACUGGCGGGACCCACACCCAGCUGUGGUGGCCCAAAACCCGCAUAGCAACACCAGAAAGCUGGGCACCAUUUUGAAUGAAUUUGGGCAUCACAAGAUUGAUGUUCUCAAAGCAGAUCUGGAGAGUGCAGAAUGGAAAGUUUUAGAAAACCUUAUUCUGGAAGAUGUCCUGCAACAAAUUGGACAGCUCACCUUUGCGAUUCACCUCCACUGGCCCGGUUUCGAGGUCAGUGGCGGCGACAGCAGUGUCGUGCGAUUCUGGUACAGCCUCCUCAAGGAGGUAGAACUAAAGGGCUUCAGGCUUUUUCAUAGUUACAAAGAUUUAUCUAAACCCCAGCUGUUCCUGAAGAAGGACAUUUUCAAUGCAAGUAGCUGUUAUACUCUGAGUUGGGUGAAUACAAGAUGGACCUAGGGUGCCAGACCUCAUCAAGAGCUCCGGGACAUAGCUGCAGAAUGAGGCAUGUCCGGCGUGCUAACGAUUGGUGUCCUGUCCAGCCUCCUCCCACUAGCCUGUCAGCUGCUCUGGGCGGAGGUUGUGUGAUUGCCUGUGGCAGGGACACACUCAACACCUGUGGAUGGGAUGGACACAGGAGUGCCACCGGGGUCCAUCUCCAUCUGUCCAAAGCCCAGGCCUUUCACCUGUUUGCCUCUGGCAGAGCAGGGAUGCUUGUCCUUCUUCGUUGUAACUGGGAGGAUAACUCCCCACUCAUCUGUUUUCCCUAAAAUCCACUAUGUAUCUAAAAUCCGUGAAUUCAUCAACAUGAAAAAGAAAUUACAUAAAAUUUCCUUUUUUCCUGGGUUGAUGAGAUUCUUAAGUUUGUAGCUAACUGUUUAAAAUAGGGCCUUUCCCUUGACUUUCACUCCCCCUCUUUCAAGGUUGUUCUUGUUUAGCUGGUCCACGACAUUCUUUAGGACCUUGUAGAUUUCAGCCAUUUGUCCUCAGCCUUUGCGGAGGUCAUGCUGUGGCUUUAGAAGCACCCCUGAUUCUGGUUUCUGGGGACUCAGACACACCAAAGUCUGUCACUGAGUUUAAAAGACUAGACUGUCAAGAACUUGAACUCAGGAUCUUUUCAUACUCAGCCUUAAAUCCCCUUCUGCUUCUACCAACUAAGCACAAAGCAGUAUUUGGGUGUCUGUGCUAUUGUCUCCACUGACUUCAAACCUGAUUUCUCAACCACCCCCUUGCUUAUGCUGUCAAAUCUUUUUUUUUUUU